AUGUGGACUGUGGCUCUUGCUAUUUGUUUGGGAAAUAUCCUCAUCAGAGGAGAAGCCAGCGAUCAGCAUUCAGAACCACUCCCUGUUACUGAACUCCAUGAAACGGCCUCCCCUGGUUUUUUAAUACUAGAAAAACAGAAAUCCAACAGCUCAAUCCAUCCACCCCAAGUAGCCCCACACCCUCCCAUGUGCUUGGAGUCUGCUGGAAUCAGAGAUGCCUUCAAAUACGUCAAUACCAUGGUGUCUCUGCUUGUGUUUGUGGUUGGAAUCGUGGGGAAUUCAGCCCUACUGAAAAUAAUUUAUAUAAACAAAUGCAUGAGAAGCGAACCCAACAUCCUCAUUGCGAGUCUUGCUUUGGGCGAUCUAAUCCACAUUGUGAUAGACAUUCCAAUCAACGCAUACAGGCUCAUGGCAGAAGAUUGGCCAUUCGGUUUAUUGCUGUGCAAACUUGUCCCCUUUAUACAGAAGACAUCUGUUGGAAUUACUGUGCUGAGCCUAUGUGCUCUGAGUGUUGACAGAUACCGAGCUGUAGUAUCCUGGAAUCGAAUCAAAGGCAGCGGGGUUUCAGCAUGGACAGCAAUCGAAAUAACUCUGAUAUGGGUUAUUUCUAUCCUGCUGGCUGUGCCUGAAGUUGUCGGCUUUGAUAUGAUAACAAUGAACUAUAAAGACAAGCAUCUGAGAAUAUGUCUGCUUCAUCCCAUGCAAACCACACAGUUCAUGCAGUUUUAUAAAUCAGUGAAGGACUGGUGGCUCUUCGGCUUCUACUUUUGCAUGCCACUGGCUUGGACCCUCGUCUUCUACACACUCAUGACCAGGAAUAUGCUGAGAAAGACUACAUUAAGUGACCUCACCAAGCAGAGACGGGAAGUCGCAAAAACUGUCUUCUGCUUGGUGAUUGUGUUUGCACUGUGUUGGUUGCCGCUGUACCUCAGCAGAAUCUUGAAAUCAACUAUAUAUGAUGAAAAAGAUCCUAAAAGGUGUCAACUACUGAGUGCCUUUCUUGUCCUGGACUACUUUGGCAUUACAAUGGCAUCACUCAACUCCUGCAUCAACCCUAUUGCAUUGUACAUAGUCAGCAAAAGAUUCAAGAAAUGUUUUAAGGCGUGUCUGGGCUGUUGGUGUCUACCUCUUCAAGCUGUUACCCAUGACGAAGUGCAGUCUGUUUCGAAAUCCAGAAUGCAGGAUCAAGCCUCAGAGCAGAGCAGCAACAUCAAAGCUCACAAGGAGACUUCCACACCUCUGCCUGAGCAGGAGAACACUUUACUGUGUUAA